AAGCAGCAGGAGUUUAGAGCGAUUCCCGUUGGUUCCAAUCAUCACAAUCUUUGCUUCCCACCUACAAAUACUCCCCUCGCUUGUCAAAAUUUCUUCAAUUUCUCAACGCAAUCCCUUUUUUCUGCCACAAUUCCCGGAUUUCAUGUAUGCAACAGACACAUAUAAUCCUAAUUUGGAUAGAUUUAUGGAUCAGAUACAUGAUUCUCAAGGUAUAUAGCACUUGGGUGUACUACUAUACAAAGAUCCCAAUUGUUGAAACUGUUUCUUGAUUCAUUCUCUUAUCCAUUGCAUCUCAAUCGCAUGCCGUUGAAGAAAUUCGUGAAAAAGGACUAUAAAUUUGGAGUACGAUGUCUGGGUUAUGGAGAUGGAGGAAGUUUCAAAAUGUUGUAGUUACGACAACCGCAGCAGCGAGAGUUUCUUCAUCGCAAACAUCCAAACGUGGCUUUGUGAACAUAAGCGCCGGUGUCGAUUGUCCGCACAUUCGUCGGAGGUCGUUAAUUGGUGCGCAAGCUCGUUACAAAUGGGAGCAUGGUGGUGGUGGUGACGAUAAUAACAGUAGGACGUCGACGAUGAUAAGGAAGAUUAAGGCAGAAGCUAACUGCCCACGUUGUUGUAAGCAGAUGGAUCUCGUUUUCUCCGAUAACCGCCACCUCAUUCCAUCACCUUCCAUCGGUUUCACUCCUGGAGAUGAAUGGGGUGACCCGCCGGAACCCAGUUCCGUUCCGGAUGAGAAAGGGGCUCAUCAAGCGGUGAGUUUGUGCCCCAACUGUAAAUCUACUUACCAGUUCCAGCCGUAUCAAAUGUCUCCUCUUCAGGGUAGGUUUGUCGAAAUCGGUAGGUUUAGAAAUGGUAAUGGGAAGGAUAAGAAACACGUUAACGGUGAAGAGGAUUAUGGAAACAAGCUUAGGGCUUCGUUUUGGGAUACUCUGCGGUCUUACGGUGGUGAUCCGCCGGAGAAUUGGACAAAUCUUCCUCAUCCUCCUCCUCCUUCUCCCUCAUCUAGCACCGGACUUGCAGUGCAUACCCCCCCCAGGCCUUCCUUUUGCACCAAGCAUCAAUGUGACUCUAGUGGGUGGGGUGGGUCGAAUUUGGGGAAGAAUCUGCCUACGCCUAAGGAGAUUUUCCAGGGACUCGAUAAGUUUGUCAUCGGUCAACAUCGUGCCAAAAAGGUGCUUUCUGUGGCUGUAUAUAACCAUUACAAAAGAAUAUAUCAUGCGUCCUUGAAGAAAGGAGGUAGGAUGGAAGAUGAUGAUGAUAAUGUAGAUUUAGAGAAAAGCAAUGUACUUUUAAUGGGCCCCACUGGCUCGGGGAAAACUCUACUUGCAAAGACCCUUGCUAGGUUUGUUAAUGUUCCUUUUGUAAUUGCAGAUGCAACAACAUUAACACAGGCUGGUUAUGUUGGUGAAGACGUUGAAUCUAUAUUACAUAAACUACUUACGGCUGCUGAGUUUAAUGUUCAAGCAGCACAACAAGGGAUGGUUUACAUUGAUGAAGUGGAUAAGAUAACCAAAAAGGCGGAGAGCUUGAAUGUUAGCAGAGAUGUUUCUGGGGAGGGUGUUCAGCAAGCUCUACUCAAGAUGUUGGAAGGAACAAUAGUCAAUGUACCCGAGAAAGGGGCCAGAAAGCAUCCUCGGGGUGAAAAUAUUCAGAUCAAUACAAAAGACAUCCUUUUCAUUUGUGGGGGAGCGUUUAUCGAUUUGGAAAAAACAAUAUCCGAAAGACGACAGGAUUCUUCGAUUGGUUUUGGAGCACCUGUUCGUGCUAAUAUGAGAAAUGCUAAACUCACCAAUGCAUCAGUCACAUCAUCUUUACUUGAAUCUGUUGAAAGUAGUGAUCUUAUAGCUUAUGGACUGAUUCCAGAGUUUAUAGGACGUUUUCCCAUUUUACUUAGUUUAUCAGCUCUAACCGAGGACCAACUUGUUCAGGUGCUGAUGGAACCAAAGAAUGCUCUUGGGAAGCAAUACAAGAAGUUGUUUCAGAUGAACAAUGUGAAACUACAUUUCUCAGAGAAGGCAGUGAGAUUGAUUGCUGAAAAAGCUAUGAUUAAGAACACGGGUGCUAGAGGCUUAAGAGCCAUACUCGAAACCCUUCUAACUGAUUCUAUGUACGAGAUUCCAGAUGUGGGGACGGGAAAUGAUCGAAUAGAAGCGGUGGUGAUUGACGAGGAGUCGGUUGGGUUGGUAGAUAAACCGGGGUGUGGUGGAAAAAUACUUCGCCGUGAAGGUGCAUUAGAUGAGUAUCUUGCAAAAACCAACUCCAAACAACAAGUGGAAGGGGAAGGGAUUGAUGAAGGUGUGUCAUCAAAAGCCAUGAGCAUGAGCAUGUAAGAUUUGAUUGUUAAUUUAGUGUAGAAUGUCUUGUUGUAAAAAAAACGUCCACAAGACAACAACAAAACUAGACUGUAAAUUAUGUUUCACCUGUAGUCUCUAGUCUGUAGAAGAACACAACCCCACCCUAUAGUGUAUUUAAUUUGGGUUUAAAUUCAUACACAAAAAAAAAAAACAAAAAGAAAAACAGAAAUGUAACAUCCGCACACACCAACCUUCCCAAAUCAAUAAAUGAUAGACAGCCAAUUCUUUCA